AUCAACUGCCACCAAGAGCCACGAGGUUAGAGACAGACACCGACCACGCGAGCGCUACGUUGUAGUAGAUCAAUCAUCAAUCCUUAUUUGCCAACUCUGAAGCUCAAACCUGCCUUAUGUUAGCGGUGCAUCUUAACAAGAAAACGGCAGAUGUUUAAGCGGCAAGCUCUAACAGAAACGAAGAACUACUUCCUUGUCCUCGCCCAUGUCUGAUUUCUCAUCUUCUUAACUCUGAAAGAGCUUAUCUCUCACAGGAUAAGAUGGAGAACAUGCAUUACGCAGAGGAGCUUGUUAAGGAGUUUCUUGUCUUCAGAGGGUUUACAAGUACUCUACAAGCUUUUGAGACGGAGUUGUCAACAGAUAUUGGAAAAGGGUUUCAAGUGGACAAGAUCCUAGACUUGAUCUUCUCAGUAUACGUGCCCAAGUAUCAAGCUGAAAAAUUAGUGGGUCUAUUGAAUUUUUUCAAGCAGUGCUUCUCUUCAUCCAAUGAAAUAGUACUCAAUACUACACUAUCAAAGUUAGAAGUCUCAAUUCUACGGUACUAUAUUGUCCAUGCUAUAAAAUCAGGCAGGAGAGACAAAGUUGUAGACUUUUUUGGAGCUAAUGGCAAUGAUUUGCUGCAAAGAGGCCAGGACUGGACUCCAUGGUUUACCAUUCCAUAUCUAAAAAAUCCAAGCUUGGAUCCUCAGUUCCGUGUCUUUUUUUCAAGGGAGUGGUUCGAUGCCUUGCAUCUUUCUUUCAGAAACUUCUUAAGUGAGAUCUUCAAUGGUACUCGCAUCCCUGUCCUAUUAAGGAUCAGUACUGAGAAGAAUACCGUUAAGCGUCUCAAGAAAGACAUUAAGCAACUUAACAUUAAAUUGUCACAACUCCAGGCUUUAUUGGAGGAAAAGGAGACCCAGCUAUGCCAAUUAAGGGGUACUGCUUCAUCAGCAAUGGAAAGAAGCCUGCUUGAAAAGAAUGGGUCUUCACAUUCACAAGCUUCAAAUGGAACUGCAGUAAAGACCGUAAAUGAAGAAAAUGAUCUUUCAUCCAGGGGUUUUCUUGAAACUAGUGCUGUAUCUACUUCCCGUUUACGAGACCCUGGAGUUGGGGAACAGGAGAGGGAUGUUUCUGGCCUUACCGAACUUCUGUCUGGUCUAACAUCAUCUGAAUCAGAACGUUACUCAAAUUCAAUAAAACGUCCUGUUGGAGAUGAUGAAGCUACAACUAGCCUUCAAACAUCUCAAAGUGGCUUCCAUUCUGAAAAUGGUGGAGAAAUGCAGAUAGAGGAAGACUUCCCAGAGGUCAAAGUAGACUUCCAGGAAACCUUUUUGGGCCAUACUAGUCCAAUUAGUAGAUGCCGCUUUUCUGCUUCUGGAAGCAAUAUUGCAAGUGCAUCUAUGGAUGGCACAGUCAGGAUAUGGACUUAUGACUCGUCAUCCUCAACAUCUAGAAAUGCAACCAUAUACUGUGGAGCUGAGAUUAUGUCACUUGACUGGGAGUGCAAAUCUGACCGCUUGCUAUUCAUAGGCACAGCUGAUGGUGGCAUUAAAGCAUGGAAUGUUGAUGCAAAGAGAGUUGUAUGCGAUCUUAACACAACUGAAGCAUAUCCAAGUGUCUUGGAUCUUAAAUGCAGCCCCGUGGAACCAAUCUUUGUCUCUGCUGCAUCAUCUAGAGGCCGUGGCUCAAGAUAUGUUGAUAAAAUGGGGUUUGCUUCAUUAACAGUUUGGAACAUGAAAACAUGGAAGGCUAUGACAGUCCUUCCUCUCGGUAAAGAUCAUCCAGCAGUUACUUCUCUUUGCUUCAAUCACAAUGGAAAGAUUUUAGCAGCCUCUGCAACCGAUGGAAUGAUUCAUAUGUUUGACAUGUCAGCUGGCCUACAAAUCACAGGAUGGCCUGCCCAUGAUUCUGCAAUGAGCUCUCUCCUUUUUGGGCCUGAUGAGACAAGCAUCUUCAGCUUGGGUUCUGAUGGAAAGAUAUUUGAGUGGAGCUUACAGAACCAAGGCCAAGUUCUUUGGUCAAGAGAUUGUAGCAGGUUCUGCAACCCUGACAGUGCUGAAAUCUAUAGACAUGAAAUGGCAUUGGAUGCUAGUGGGAGGAGACUACUUGUAACUUCCAGUUCAGUGAGAUCACCCAUUUAUCAGGUCCAAGGUCGUACUGGUAAUCUAAAAACACUUCCACAUAGUGCAGCCAUAACAACAGUUGAUUGGCAUCCCACAUUGCCCAUCUUUCUGACUGGAUCUGCUGAUCAUUCGGUCCGAGUUACCUCCAUUUCUUGAAUGUUUUUGUAUUAAUUUAUUAUUCUUAUUAUUAACAUUAUUAUUUUUAAAUGUUGGUUUGUGAUGUAUAGGUAAUGAAGACUUCGAUUUGUAAACUAUUUCCCUACUUAUAUCAAUACAUAUCAAGAUUAAUAAUCUGUUUAGUU